CGUGACGCUGCGCUCGCUCCCGGGAGUCUCGCGGUGACAACUUAGGUCAUCGCUGGAAAAGAAAGGAUUUGCAAAUGGAGGUGGCAGAAAUGGUCAUUCUUUGAACCACAAAAGCCAUGUCUGAGUCUCUGUAUGAGAAGUUCUUGGCCCCGGAGCAGCCUUUCCCUCUCCUCUCCCAAAGAACCAACCUCAGCGAUGUGGGGACCCUGGAUGUCAGUGACUUUGGCUGUCAACUCUCAUCUUGCCACAGAACAGAUCCCCUACACCGCUUCAACAGCAACAGGUGGAACCUUACUUCCUGUGGUACCAGCGUCGCCAGCUCGGAAUGCAGCGAGGAGCUCUUCUCCUCUGUGUCUGUGGGGGACCAGGACGACUGCUACUCCCUUCUGGAUGACCAGGAACUGACCUCCCUGGACCUGUUUCCAGAGGGCAGUGUUUGCAGUGACGUCUCCUCUUCUAUCAGCACCUACUGGGAUUGGUCCGACAGCGAGUUUGAGUGGCAGUUGCCAGGAAGUGACAUCGCCAGUGGCAGCGAUGUCCUCUCUGACAUCAUCCCGAGCAUGCCAAGCUCGCCCUGUCUGUUUUCCAAGAGGAGGCCCAAGACCCACCCUCAUCGCAACCUGGAUGAGUUGCCAUGGAGUGCCAUGACCAACGACGAGCAGGUGGAGUACAUCGAGUACCUGAGUCGGAAGGUCAGCACAGAGAUGGGCCUGAGAGAACAGCUGGACAUCAUCAAGAUCAUCGACCCCUGUGCUCAGAUCUCUCCCACCGACAGCGAGUUCAUCAUAGAGCUCAACUGUCUCACGGACGAGAAACUCAAGCAGGUGCGUAACUACAUCAGAGAGCACAGCCCCAGGCAGCGGGCCAGCAGCACCAGAGAGGGCUGGAAGAGGAGCAGCCACAGCAGCGCCAGCACUGGCGGCGUCAGCGUGGCCAGCAGCAGCAACGCCAGCAUGGUCAGCUCCGCCAGCUCCUCCGCUGGCUCCACGGCCUCCAACUCCGUGGCAGGUGGUACGGCAUCGGCCUGCAGCGGAAGCAGUGUUGCUAACAUUAGCAGAGCUCACAGCGAUGGCAACCUCUCCAGCGCUGCAGAACGUAUACGAGACUCUAAAAAACGCUCCAAGCAGCGCAAGCUCCAGCAGAAGGCCAUGCGCAAGCGGCAGCUGAAAGAGCAGCGGCAGGCCCGCAAGGAGCGCCUGAGCGGACUGUUCCUGAACGAGGAAGUGCUGGCGCUACGGGUGACGGAGGAGGACGGCGGCCACGUUGACGACCUGGACAUACUGAUGUGACACCAGUGACUCAAUCAGUGCUCCCUCUACGCCGGCCCCCCAUCUCACCCUCUCCCCCUCAGAGCUCAUGGACCGCGCUGCUCCCCGAACCACCGCCGCCGCACGCAGCCGCCUCAAGGAGGCUAACCUGCCGAGUAGUGUCCGACGGGCAGGAAGAGCUUGCAGUAGUCCCCAACACAGCUUGACACACAGCGUGCUAAUACUAGUGUAGCGCCGCUAGUGCUAAAGCUGAUAGCCGCCGCGAUCACGACGAAGCCUUGCUACAGCAAUACUGCUAAAACACACACACACACACACACACACACACACACACACACACACACACACACACACGCGCGCGCGAUACUACGGGCAGGUAUUUCAGCUUAAUACCGUUAACAAGCUUGUAGAUGCUGUAACGGCACACAUCCCCCGCUACUAAUGCAGCCCCCGCUGGUAGGAGGACAGAGAGGGCACAGAGUCCAGACCACGUUGUGCAGGAAACCGGGUGUUUAUUUCUUCUUUGAUGUGCAAGGGGGCGGAACAGUGGCAGUAUUUUACAUCCCCACUCUGCUCUGGUUUAAACUGCUGCAGGUGGUGUUACGACGAUACACACAAAGUCAGAGCGGCCUGAAAGAAGCGGAGGCAGUUUUAACGUGACAGCAGAUUGACUGUAAAUAGGAGUGUCGUCGUGGCGACACAUCUGGGGGAAACAAUCCUGAGUUUGAAACCUUGCAUUGAUACGCCAUGUCUCUACAUGGGGAUGCUUGAAGUCACCCCCACAAAAAGAGGACACAUGUCCAUCUGAGAUUAAGAGGUCCCCGGUGUGGAGCCUCUCUGUCUUUCUACCCGCCGAGUGUCGUGGUCCCCUUCCACUCCUUCAGGCCUCGAGGGAGCACUGAAUCUGCAUGUUUAAAGUCGUCACUGACACCGUGUGGUCCAAUAACUAACAACUGGCUUCGUUAUUCGCUUACUCCUGUUUAGAAAAAUAGCUUAUGUGUUGUAAAUACAUGAUAAAUAACAGCAUAUUUACCGCUUGCUUUCAGGUUUUACUUGGUGAUAAAGGUUUCAUUUGAUGUUCUUUUCCCAUUUUUUGUGUGUGUGUGUGUGUGUAUGUAUGUGUAUGUGUGUAUAUAUAUAUAUAUAUAUACAUAUAUAUAUAUACACACACACACUAGCACUCCUACCUGUAUUGUUUUGCCCGAGACGGACCGAAAUAAUCGUUUACUUCUGCGAGCAUAUUCUCUUAAAUGAUUUGACCACCGCGAUAACUUUGAAGCAUUCGAGCAUCGGUGAAGUCUUUAUAAGAAGUUUUUACAGAUCAUAUUGCGUCUGUCAACGUACUCUAUGGCCGGUUUGUUUGUAGGGUUUUUUUUGGCGCUGAACUUGGAGCUGGUUUCUUAAGUGCGUGUGCAUCCGACGUUGGGCCAUUAACUUUCCGAACCCCCCCCCACAUGAGCUUUUUUGUGAAGUCGUAGCCACCAUGCUGUUGUCAUAUUCGCUAGGAGAGAGAGAUUAUUUCUUUUGUAUGUUUUUUUCGUUUCCGUUUUGUCCACCGUGUAAGAACCACUUUCCCGCAGCUCCUCGGCUGUUGCACACAUUGAUUAUUGGCCUGAAAGCCUGCAGUCUUUGCUGUGUGUACUGGGCCAUGGCUCUCGUCUGUCUCUUGUAUAAAGUUCUUCUUCGCCGCAAUUAUGGUAAAUGCAGCUUUAUGUAUUCUGUAGUUAUGAAUUAGUAAAACUCUAUUUUGAAAAAUAAGAUACUUUUGAAAAAAAUAAUAAAAAUAAGCCAGCGUGAUGCAACAAAGGUGUUUGUGUAUAUAAAGUAUCAUAGCUGAUAAUUUACCUGAUUUAUAUGUAGUUAAAACAAACAGUUUAAACGGAACUUUAAGUUAAACUUGAACCACCAGGCAGACCGGUUGAGUCCAGUAGAUUUGAACCCUCCGCUCGUGUUUCUCCAUGAACUGGCUCCUCUCGGACCACGAUGGAGCACUGGUCCCCUGUGUUAUCACUGGCUGAAGCAUACGGAUUACCAGAGAAGCCCUGUUGGUGCUUCAGGCAGGACUGUGUGCACACCACUCGAUAGUUCUGAUCCACUGUAAACUUGACAAAUAAAUUGGCAUUGUUGCAUCCUA